GUUCGAGAUGGGACAUUUCUCAUUUGCAAUCCCUCCAUACCCCCCCGUACGAAUGUGAUUAGCACGUCUGUUUACUCCUUUUGGAGUCGUCUUUCCUAGGUCAUGCCAGCGCUUCCUUCGACCUUGCUGCUGAAUACCGUUGCCGGUCGAAACGUAACGCUCGAAUCUGCUAUUUCCCUGGCUUCUAAUGCUACCAAUGCUACUAACACAGACGAAAUUGCCCAGGUCAUCUGCGCCUGGCCGGUGUCAGGGCAGUAUGGACCGGGAUCGAGGGUCUUAUACUAUGUCCUUGUAGCAGCUUGUGUCUUUGCUCGAAAAGCAGAGUGGCUUAGAAACGCCUGUCUAGCAGCUGCGUUGAUUUUCCCUGCCGUCGCAGCUCUUCAUGGCAUUGUUCUCGCCUCGGUGCACGUAGAUACUGCCGUUGAUAUGGACAUCUAUGGGGCCUUUCAGUUUUGCUCGAUUGGGAUCCUAGCGGCUCCAUUGUCAGUCAGGAUAUCUCGAACCUAUUUCGAAAACCCUGGCCGGAACAUAAUCUUUCUUUGGACUGGCAUUGUUCUUGCCGGUCUACUCAGUUUGACAGUCGAGUUCUUUCGGAUCACAACAUCACCUUGCACGCACGACGAGUCGGGUCAUCCUAUCCCUCUUCAUGACCCUAAGAAUUUCCCCUACGAGAAUGCCUCUUGUAACCUCACCUGCUCCAUCGAGAAAGGGCCCCAGUCUCCCCUACGGCAAGGAGCUACGAAUGAAAUCUAUGUCAUACCAGCACCGAACAGACUCGCCUUCAACGCCGUUACGCUUCUCGCAGCAGCUUGCUGUAUUCCCGCUGUCCUCUCGCUCGUGUCAAUGUGGAAUAAAAUCCUUGAGAUCAACUGGAAGUCAAGGUUCGGCCCAGCAAAAGGGGACCAGCUGAUAGAAGGGACGAAUGGUGCCACCGUCGCGGCGAUGAGUAAAGUCAAUCACCACGUCAGGCUUUUCUUAAGCACACUAGAGGUUCCUCUAUUCAGCGCUGCAGUAAUCGCAAUCAUCAUAUUCGGCGAAUUGAACUUCUUCAGCCCCGAAGUCUCAUACCAGACUGAACCAAUGGGUAGCAUAGGACAGUGGGCACCCCUUGUCGGUACCGGACUUGCUGCGUUAGGGUCUCUUUAUAUGCUUCUAGCGGUAGAUAUAGAAGCUACGAAGAGAGGCGCGAACCUGUCGGAUCCUAUUCAUCACUUCGAUGACGGACAACAUCCCACUAGACCCAGGGCCAGCUCUUCUCUACAUAGCGGGGGUAUUGAAAUCACGCACUGUGAUGACAUUACCCAUCCGGAGCAUGACUUAAGAAGCUCUCCAUCUAUGCAAGAUAUGAACGGUGGUCUUUUCAUUAGUUCCUCUCACUCCGUCGCCGCCCCGAGUACAGCCCACGUUCGGUCCAGCUCUUCAAACAGCGGAAGAGAAACCUCAACCGAAAUUGCGCCCACCGAAAGUCGGCCAUCUAUGCACGACAUAGGCAACAGGCGUAAAGUGUACAAUACGCUGCUGGUCGUUAGCAAUUACCUAGGCACAGCAUCACAUGAUCGGUUCGACGAUUCCGAGUUUAAGCACGGGAAAGCAAUAGACUUCCCCGAGAUCCCGGCGGAAGAUAAGCGAAACCCGGACCUAGCUCGGGUUAGGGAGGCUUAUAAUCAUCAUCGCAACGACGACGAGAGCGCUAGCAUACGGCCGUCGAGAGCAGGUAGCUUCGCCGGUAGUCCGACGAUGACACGAGCAAUAUCAGCUCCACACCCACCCUCCCCCGUAUCACGUUCAUCAUCACCGUCGCCUUCGACACGUGGAGUCCAGCACUCGAAUACCUUACCGGCCGGCCAGAGCUCAUUCGACGUACAAUAUCAAGACGCGUCAUCGUCUGCCGGACAAACCAGAGGCAGGCCAAGACAACGACGGGACACGCUAGAGGUCCCGGUGGUCCAUCCUAGUUCCUCGCGGGCCAUGCAACCCUCUUCGCCAGCUGCGUCCGUUACUACUAUAACCAAUAGCCAGGGCUCUCCUGCAAUUGUUAUAUCGCCUGAUCCCGAUACCGGCUCUACUAUAGACGAUAUCCCUGUCCUCAACUCCCCUACCAUUCGACCGAGCGAGCUAGACCCAGCACCGCAACCGAAAGCCUCACCCUACCAUGAAAGGGACCCCUCCGAGACGUCGUCUACAUAG